GAAUUCGACAGUUUGCAAGAAAGAACUCAGAAGUAUUUGGACAUUAGAAAAUUGCAUAGAAAACUUUUAGUUAUACUAAAAUAAUUGAAUUAACGUUAAGGGCGUAGCAAUCGCGGUGUACAGAGAAGGCCCAAUAAUUUGAUUCGUAUAAAGUGCACAGAAAGCGUACUAUAUUUGGAGACAACUGCUGGUCGUACCGUAUUAUGGAAGAAAAAUGUCCCAAAUCUAUUGAUUCGAAUAUAUUUGGCAUUGCCACAACCACCGUUGUUGCUGCCGAUAAAAAUAAAAAAGAACAAUCAGAUUCAUUAUCACUGAAUCAACAACCUUCAACUUCGUUCAAUUUGAAUACGGCCUCAAUGUCGCUGUUGCAAGGUGAAUUCGUUGACUCACGACAUGAUUUUGCAGAAGUUUUGGACGACGAAACUACUACUUCCGGUGUAUUGGAAACAUUUGAAAUAAGUUCGUCCAACUCUCUACCGCCAAACAGUUCAGAUGGGCACAGAGAAGUUGUGGUGGACGACAGUUCUUCUACAGAUACAAUUAAAUUGGUGGGAGUGUCAGAUGACACAUCAUGCACCAACAAGAAAUUUUUCGAUGUCUCAGAAGUUUUUGUAAUAAAUGAUGAUGAUGAUGAUGACGAUGAUGAAGGUGUUGUACCGGGAAGCGAGGUAGCGGAAGUGGAAGAUGUAUCUUUAGCGCCUGCCAAUGAAAAUGAUAUUAAUCAGCAUUGUUUGGAAGAUAAUUCCAAUCAGCAUGAGCCCAAUCGUUUUUCGACAAACAGUACCAAUAGUCAAUUGAGCAAUGAUAUGGGCAGCGUUAUUGUGACGAAUGGGCACGGUGCGACAAUUUAUCUCGAAACACCAGUGGUGGAGGAACAAAAUCAACAUCAUGCUCAGCUAAAUAAUAUCGGUGGUGGUGAAAAAGGAGAGUUUGGUGAGAAAACAGGAAAACCCAAACGUCUGAGCGAUGAAUUUAUGCAAACAGAUGAGGCAGAACCAUUUGGCAAAAUGAAUGAAAACAAUGCUCGAACUACAACCGGCGAAGCUAAGUCUAGCGUAAUAACAGCACUUUUAGGGCUUGAUGGCUAUGAAAUACUUCCUGAUCGCAUGUCAUUUCGACUGAAAAAAAUGAACAUAAGCAACACGUCUAGUGAAAAGCUACGCGAACGUCCUUCCAGUUCAAAAAGCAACGAAAAUAAUAUUGAAGUAUUACCAAGACCACAAAUUGCCGAUAUCGAAACGAUUGAUGCGAUAGAACGCACCGAUUUCGAGGAAGAACAGCGGUUGACAGGUGGUAUUAUUUUGAAAAAUAGCACAGUCGCGAAGAAAAACAUGCUUAACUUAAGGCUGAUAAAAUCGUCAUGUAUGCAGAAUCAGCAAAAAGACUCAGGAAGCCAACAGGAACAGUUGGAGUUGGGAGAUGAUUGUCCCAGCAGCAGCAGCAAUAUAAAUAAUAGCAGUCACAACGGUGUUGGUCGUGCCGUUUCAUCUGACAGCAAGUGCGCUUACAAGGAUCCAACGUCAACGCCAACAAGUAGUCGCCCUCACACCAGUCGUUUAACCAAAUCUACUGCCAAACUUAAUUUGUGCUCUUCUCUAAGUCAUCCCUUACACCGGCAAACACAAUCAUUUCAAGAUCGAACCAAAGGUGCCAACAAUUCCAAAACACAGCUAAAAUCAACACAAACCGGCAAUAAGAACAGUGUGACAUCGUUAACAUCAUCCUCCCAUACGUUUACGAAUUCCGUUUCGUCGGCAUCUACAUCUACAACUGCUUCUUCGUCCUCCUCAACCGCAUCAUCUUCUUCAUCUUCAUUAUCUUCGUCUGCAGCAUCUUCAGUAAUUGUAGAGGCACCUACUGCCACACCGACUUCAUCCUCAUCAUUGCCCGGCGCCGCGGCUUGCACAGUUGGCGGCGGGGGAGCGGAAAUAUACUCAAACUCUAAUUCGAAUGACAGUCUUAUGAGUAGUACAUCAACAACCAUCAAUUGUGGACAGCGAGUGCAACAGCAGCAGCAGCCGCAACAGCCACAGCAGCCGCAACAACCACAGCAGCAGCAGCAGCAACAACAACAACAACUAAUACCCUAUAUAUUGGUUGAUAAGUCCGAUGUAGGAGGCUGUAGUCGCACAAGUUCUAUGCAUGCCGUUGUAGCCGUAGCUGCAGAUAAUGCUGCACUCGCUGCAGCUUCCACAGGCGCCGAAGUCAUUCCUGUUUUCGAUGACGCUCAACCUUCAACUUCGUCUGCUCGCUGUCAUUAUGCUCCGUCCAUGAAGAAUUUACGUCAGGUACACGCUAGCGCUCAAACGAAUGAACGUUACCUUAGACGUUCUGUUGGCUCAUUGGAUUCGGGAAAUGUCAAUGCCCUUCCAACUACUGCAAGAUUUCGUCGACGCGCCGAAUUUGCAGCUCAGCUGACCAAUCCUCCUGACGAUAUGUCUCUUGAAGCUUUCAAAGCAUUGGCCCAAGCUGCAGCUCAAGCAGUUAUGUCUGAUUAUAAUGAGGAAGCUUCGUGGGCCGAUUGUGACGAGAACACUUCCGAUGAGGAAAUAUGUACUUGCAAUCAUAGUAGUAGUAGCAGCGCAAGCAAUAGCAGUCACGGCGGUAGCAAUACCAGCUUAAACGAGACGGACGUUGAUGGAGCUGACAUUUCUUCGACCGGCGCUGGUGCCGAUGUCAGCGCGAAUUGCACAGCCAAAGAUGGUGAUCUGUCAAAUUAUAUACAAAUGGUUUCGAUAUCAGAGGAGGUGGGUGGCAAUGGCGGCGCGAACAACACUGCCGAAAAUGCAUCCACCUGUGCGCACAUUAACGCUCAACAGCGUAAGCGCAAAUACGAUAGCCGUUUGCCGGAUGCCAACGCCAAUGCAGUAAUAUCCAGCAGCGGUAAUACUGCCAGCAUUGACGAUGUUAAUGGAAGAAAGCGUAUAGCUUAUGAUUUUGCGUUAACUCCACGCCACUGUAGUGCUUUAGUAGUUAAACCCUCCACAACUUCAACGCAAUUGGUACCACUGUCAGCCAUCAAUAACUCGCCUGUGGGUCGUCGAACUCCGCGUUCCAUAAUACCUACACGUGAGAAUCCACCUCCCGAAUUACAACAUUGGCUGACACAAUUUCAACGUUGGACACAUGUUGAGCGACUUAUGGCCAUCGAUCGUCUGAUUGAGUAUUGCGAGCCAACACAAGUUCGUCACAUGAUGAAAGUGAUUGAACCACAAUUCCAACGCGACUUUAUUUCACUGCUGCCGCGUGAGUUAGCAUUGCAAGUGCUUACUUAUUUGGAUCCAAAAGAUUUGUUGCGUGCUGCGCAGACUUGUCGCAGUUGGCGCUUUUUAUGCGACGAUAAUUUGUUGUGGAAGGAGAAAUGUCGCAAAGCGCAAAUACUCACGGAGCCGCGUACGGAUCGACCGAAGCGCGGACGUGCGGGCAAUAUGCCACCAAUUGCCUCACCAUGGAAAGCGGCAUAUAUGCGCCAGCAUAUAAUCGAAAUGAAUUGGCGUUCGCGACCAAUACGCGAACCGAAGGUACUGAAAGGGCAUGACGAUCAUGUUAUCACUUGCCUCCAAUUUUCCGGCAACCGCAUAGUGUCGGGCUCAGAUGACAAUACAUUGAAGGUUUGGUCGGCUGUGACUGGCAGGUGUUUACGCACGCUGGUUGGUCACACUGGUGGCGUCUGGUCCUCACAGAUGGCGGGUAAUAUAAUAAUCUCAGGUAGUACCGAUCGCACGCUGAAAGUCUGGGACAUGGAUUCCGGCCAAUGUUUACACACAUUGCAGGGGCAUACAUCCACCGUGCGAUGUAUGCAUUUACACGGCAAUAAAGUUGUCAGUGGUUCGCGCGAUGCGACUUUACGUGUUUGGGAUAUUGUGCAAGGUAUAUGUUUGCAUGUUUUGAUGGGUCAUUUGGCGGCGGUGCGUUGUGUGCAAUAUGAUGGCAAAUUGAUAGUGUCGGGAGCUUAUGAUUACAUGGUGAAGAUUUGGCAUCCCGAACGGCAGGAAUGUCUACACACCCUUUCUGGGCACUCAAAUCGUGUUUAUUCCUUGCAGUUCGAUGGAAUACACGUGGUAUCCGGUUCGUUAGAUACCUCUAUACGAGUUUGGGACGUUGAGACUGGUAAUUUGAAGCAUAUACUCAUGGGUCAUCAAAGUCUGACAUCUGGCAUGGAAUUGCGACAGAAUAUUUUGGUGUCUGGUAAUGCGGAUUCCACGGUGAAAGUUUGGGAUAUCACAACAGGGCAAUGCUUGCAAACUUUGUCAGGUCCCAAUAAACAUCAAUCGGCUGUAACGUGCUUGCAAUUCAAUUCACGUUUUGUGGUAACGAGCUCUGAUGAUGGCACCGUGAAGCUGUGGGAUGUGAAAACUGGUGAAUUCAUACGUAACUUGGUCGCACUGGAUUCGGGCGGCUCGGGUGGCGUUGUCUGGCGCAUAAGAGCGAACGAUACGAAAUUAAUAUGCGCAGUCGGUUCGCGUAAUGGUACGGAAGAAACCAAACUCAUGGUUUUGGACUUUGAUGUAGAAGGAGCUUGUGUAAAAUGUUCAUAGAAAAUGUGACAACCGGUUGCUGCAAAUAAAUACUACAUCUAAUUAAACAUAUUACACCUAAGGAGCAGAAAUUCAUAGUGGCAGCAUGUCAGCAAAAAAAAAGCAAACACCUCACAUAAGACUCGACAAACGAGUCACAUGUUUGUAUGUAUACGGAUUUCGUUGAAAUUGUCCAAAGCGAUGCAAUUUUUCUAAUGUCAUGUACACGCGCGCCACACAAAUUUCUGCUGGAAUUUUACCUCCCUAAGUUUAGUACGAAAAUAAUGGUUUACCCUGAUGUCAUGUUAAGAAAAUGCCGGCAAACAAAAACAUGACGUUAUUGGGUGCAUAGAUAUAUGUAUUCCAAAUGCUAUCUGAACUAACAGUGAAAUUAACUGCUGCAAUUCGCAUAUAAUAAUUGGUAAUAAUUGAAAUAGGCGGUGCCCAAUUGGAGGACGUGCAUACAAAGCUGGCUCUCAAUAUUAAGCAGAACUUGUUUAAAUUACUUAACUUCAAUUUAGUUGAAAACUCUUCAUGAAUUUGCUUAAAAUUCAUUUAUCAUGCAGAAAUGAAAAUUCAUAAAAUUCCAUGCCUAAAUCCUCCAGUUGGGUAUAUCGAUAAAAUUGUGUCUAGCUCCAAGAAAUAUGGCAAUGUACCGUUAAAAGUGUAAAGGAAAAAAAGAGAGCAAAAUAAUGUACCGUUAUUAUGGCGUGUAAAGAAAACAAGAAAGCAAAAAGAUGUACCGUUAUAACCGCAUGUAAAAAAUGAGAA